GCUCUGCAGUGAACCGCCUCUCUCCUUGCUCGCAGGGAAUGGUGGGUCUCAGGGCUUGGUCCUCGCCUGCGGUUCCCCUCGGAUCUUCGUGAAUAUUCCUUCAGUGGUUCCAACUGCGUCCGCUGGUGUCCGCGCUCACUGGAGGCUUCGGCCCACUCCCGGGAGCGGCCCUUAUUGACUCGGCGGAGGACUCCAGCUGGUAGUCAGGUGAUGCGGUGGCAGCCCCUUGGGAGACCAGAUUCGCCUGUGUUCCUGAGGUGCCCUGGCUGCAAGCAUCUCCUCGGGUUGAGGCCUUAACCAUCCAUCCUGUAGCUGGUACCCCAGCCAGGUGGUCACCCACAGAGGCUCAGCCUGAAUAUGACCAAGGAACAGCAUGGAACCUGGUUUGGCUUCGGUUUCUGUGGCUUUGGGCAAGUGUUGGGCUCUGGGAGUGGGCGACAUUCGGUGCACAGUCCUGAACCACUGUGUGUCAGUGAUGACAUUUGCCGAGUGAGUGCAAGCUGGAGCUACACCGCCCUGGUAACCUGUGGUGGCCGAGUGGAGCUCUCAGGUUCUGUGAACAGCUCAGCAGGUGGCUGCAGGGACGCGUGGGCUUCAGAGGGACUCCUGGUGGUGCUGCGUGACAAGGGCGGGUCCAGCACAGAGCUGCAGGCCUGGACAGCAGGCUCGGCGCUUCAGGGGGAGCCCCUCUGGGUCCAGAACCUGGUUACUGGGGCCAAGGACCAAGGAGAACAUGAACCCAGCAGUGAGGCUAGGGCGGGCACCCUGCCGCUGCUGCCCUGUGCCAGUGCCUAUGUGAACCCACAGCCACCCUUCUGCCAACCUCUGGCCCCAGAGCUUCGGGUGCGCCAGCUGGAGCUGGGUGCAGAGCAUGUGUUGUUGCUUUGCGAAGCUGGCCAGGUGUUCUCCUGGGGUGGAGGCAGGCAUGGACAGUUGGGCCAUGGCACGCUGGAGGCAGAGUUGGAGCCAAGGCUGUUGGAAGCACUGCAAGGCCUGCGGAUGGCUGAGGUGGCCGCAGGUGGCUGGCACUCUGUGUGUGUGAGUGAAACUGGGGAUAUUUAUAUCUGGGGCUGGAAUGAGUCAGGGCAGCUGGCCCUGCCCAUAAAGAGCCCUGCAGAGGACAAGACGCCAAUGAGAGGGGAAGGCACAGAAUGGAAUGAAGAUUCCCUCGAAGGAGAGGAGGCAGCUAUGGCUGAUGUUGGAGCGCCUGCCCACUUCAUAGCCAUCCAGCCCUUCCCAGCUCUGCUGGAUCUUCCCACGGGCUCAGAUGCAGUCAAGGCCAGCUGCGGAUCCCGACACACAGCUGUGGUGACACGAGCAGGAGAACUCUAUACCUGGGGCUGGGGUAAAUAUGGACAGCUUGGCCACAAGGAUAGCAGCAGCUUGGAUCGUCCCUGCCGUGUGGAAUACUUUUCAGAAAACCAACUUGAAGUAAGGGCUGUCAGCUGUGGACCCUGGAAUACCUAUGUGUACGCAACAGAAAGAAAAUCGGAUACAGUCAGGUGAAUCCCCAGUUCACUUAUGGUGCCUGGGUGAGAAUGAACUCCUGUCACAGGCACAUGCAGUGCUUACAGACAGGGUCACAGAUGUCCUCCCACAAAGUCUCCAAGAUAAAGACAAAUCUUGCAGAGCAUGUAUGAAAGAA